AUGCAGAAAAAGGAGAAAAGUCAGUAUGGACUCGGACGACAGGUGAAGGCCAUGAUGAGAGACUGUACCGUGCAACUGACCAUAUUUGCCGAUGGUGAGCCAUGCAUCGAACCUUUGUGGAUCUUUAAGGCACAGGACAAAGAACUCCAGACGGAGAAAAGAGGCAGUAUGAUCCAAGAGUCGUGGUCAAGUUCCAAGAGAACACGUGGUGCAACGAGGAAAUCAUCGUCUUCUGGCUCAGAAAUAUGUUGAAGAAGCCAAACAUGUUUGGUCAACCAGGCGAUAGACUUCUAGCUUAUCUAUGA